AUGUCAACAAAGAUGUAGACAGAUGUACACCAUGGCGUCUCAGCCCAUUGAAGUGGCGGCUCUAGGAAGACCUCUGUUUCCUGGUAUGCUGUAUGACUGCCGCAAGGACACCUUCAUUCCAGGUGUCACUCUAUGGGAUAAGAAGUCACUGACUGAAGAUCUGGACACCCGUCCACAGCCCAGGACAGAUGUGAAGUUCAGUAGCUCAGACUCUCUCUCCAGUAAGUCCAGUCUCCUGGAUGUAAGUGCUUCCCUGAAGGCCAGCUUCAUGGGAGGGCUGGUGGAGGUGGGAGGAUCUGCCAAGUUCCUGCGUGACACCAAAUCCUCAAACCAACAGUCCAGAGUUACAAUGUAUUACAGUCAAACCUCUAGAUUCGAUCAGCUCACUAUGACUCAGCUGGGCAAGAUCACCUACCCUCAGGUCUUUGACCAGAAAACUGCAACUCAUGUGGUCACGGCUGUACUAUAUGGAGCUCAUGCCUUCAUGGUUUUUGAUCGAACAUUUUCAGAAGAUGAAGAUAAGCAGGAGAUUGAGGGAGAACUGAAUGUCAUGGUCAAGAAAAUUCCUCAAUUUUCCAUUGAGGGAAAAGGAGCUUUACAAAUGAUAGAUGGUCAAAAGAAAGUGGCUGAGGAGACUACCUGCACAUUUUAUGGUGACGUCCACCUUGAUCAGAACCCCACCACUUUCAUGGAGGCCCUGGAGGUGUACAAGAAGCUCCCCACUAUACUGAAGGAGAAUCCACUGAAUGCAGUUCCAGUAAAGGUUUGGCUCUAUCCUCUUUCUCUACUGGAUACAAAAGCUGCUCAGUUGGAGAGAGAAAUUAGCACAAGUCUGGUUUCCAACACUGAAGAUAUAAUAGAGGGGCUGGGAGAAGUAGAGAGGACAUGCAACGACCUGUCUAGAAAACCAUUGGUAAAUGUGUUCAAUGACAUCAAAGAGAGGCUGCAUUCGUUUCAGAGCUCAUUUAGCAUUUACAAAACGGUGCUCCUGAAAGGAGUGGCCAAGGUCUUGCCUGCUAUACGAGGAGGAGAGAUGGAGCAAAAUUCAUUGGAAGACAUCCUGAAGAUCCACUACAGUUCCCCUUUCAAAGCUGACAUGCUUAACCAGUGGUUAGAUCAUGCAACGGCUGAACUUAACCUCUUGAGUUCUCAAACCGAGAUACUGAAGGGAAUCAAUACUGUAGACUCAAACCGUCUCAACACCAUCCUCCUUGAUCUUAAUAUUGAUAUUGUGGUGUGCUUGACCUUCACAUCUCUGAAAUAUGAAGACCCAGAUCUCUCAAACCUGAAGAAGUUUCUGGAAUCUGACGAGUUUAAAGGGCUAGAUGUGGUGAAACUGCAGUCCAGCACUGUAGCAUCUGUCAGAAAGUGGUUCAACGAUCCUGAUGUCAUCUCAAAGAUGAGAGAGAACUUAUCUGUUUUCAGUAGUUUUUCACAGGCUAAUAAAGAUAAAAGAUAUCGGUUCAUUAUUUCUGCCAUCUCCGAUCCCUCCAGUCCAGGCUCCUCUAUCUAUCUGUAUGAAAAAGGGAAGCUGACAGACAAACAGUUCCAGCCCGUGUCGAAGCCUCCCCCACCAGAAGUGAAGGAGAUCCUGGAGGACAGUGUGUCCCUGAAACUGCAGAAGUCCCCAACUGGAGAAACUGUGCAGUUCAGAGUGGAGUACCAGCAGGAGAAAGCAGAUUCUGGCGCUGAGGAACAGUGGAUCAUCAUAAACACAGCUGAUGAAGACUUUACUCUGACUGGAUUGAAGUUUGGAAAGCAGUACUUGAUCCACUACAGGAUAGUGGGUAAAGUGGGAGUGAGUGAAGCUAGUGACACUAUCGGCCCCAUAAAGUCUUCAGCCACUGUUCCCAAGACCAGGAGCGAGUUCCUUCAAUAUUCCCAACAGUUCACUUUGGAUCCGAACACAGUCAAUAAACGCCUCCGUCUGUCAGAGGACAACAGAGUGAUUACUAACAUUAACAUUAACCCUGACACAGAUCAGCCGUAUCCUGAUCAUCCAGACAGAUUUGAUCAUUAUCCUCAGGUGUUGUGUAGAGAGAGUGUGUGUGGACGCUGUUACUGGGAGAUUGAGUGGAGAGGAAUGGUGUGGAUAUCAGUGUCAUAUAAGAGCAUCAGCAGGAAGGGAGAGGGUAAAGAGUGUGUGUUUGGAUGUAAUGAUCAGUCCUGGAGUUUGCUCUGCACUCCUGACAGAUGUACACUCUGCCACAAUAACAUAGAGACUAAACUCCCUGUAAAGUCCAUCAGCAGUAGAACAGGAGUGUAUGUGGAUCCCAGUGCAGGAACUCUGUCCUUCUACAGCGUCGACAGAGACACAAUGAUCCUCAUACACACAGUCCAGACCACAUUCACUCAGCCGCUCUAUCCGGGGUUUUGGGUUUGGUUUGGAUCAGUGAAACUGUUGUUGAAUGAGAAUGGAGUGUAGAGAUAUUCUACCCAUAAUACUUUGGGCUGCAUGAUAAAUCAGUAACAUUGAGAUGUUCUUGCGUCUCUUAUUUUCUCUUCAUUACAUUAAUAACACAGCUGAACUAUCACUGAAAUAUCAUGCCAGAAUAAAUGUGUGUAAUGAAUCCUCAUAUAGACAUCAGUGUGUGUGACGGUGUGUGCUUUUCUCAAGCUCUGUUUGUGUUGAUGAAUCUCAGUCAUUUAGUUUUAUUAUAGAGUCAUAUCAAUCAUUCAUAAUUCAUGUAGAAGUGGGAUGUGUGUAACGUAUUUUAAUCCAGGUGUAUUUUAGGGGUUCAAGCACUGAAGCUGCAGCAACAUUAUUAUAUUUGCACUGUUUUAUCAGUUAUUAUUUUUCUGCUCUAAACAUGUCUGGGCGUCAGAGACCGUAAGUCAUGAAGAUCUCAAGCUUGGAAAUAAAAGAAACUUCUCCUUUUGAUCCAAUUCACUUGAAACUCUGAUACAUCAAAACAAUGAAGAUAUUAAAUUAUAAUUUGCCCUGUAUCUGCUGAACGUCACGAUCAAACCCACCGGAUCCUGAGAUUCAUCUUCUCUGGGUCAAAUAAUAAUAUAUUCUUCAAAUAUCACUCACACAACUCAACAAACAUGGCCGCAAUAGCGAAUGUUUGCUGACUUUUAAAACACGCCUUAAGACAUAUCUUUUUAUACAGGCUUUUUUAUAACAUUUUUUAGUGUGAUUUAACUGUACUUUAUAUGUAUGCUGUGUGAUUGUUAUGUGUUUUGAUUUGUGUAGUGACCUGUAUAUUUCUUGUGAGGUGACCUUGGGUGUUCUGAAAGGCACCUUGAAAUAAAAUGCAUUAUUAUUAUUAUUAU